AUGGCAUUGGAACGAGACACCCGUAUUACCAUCAAGCCUGCUGAUAAGGGUGGGGCGGUGGUCGUCAUGGACACUGCGAUGAACUUCUACUAUAUCACAAUGCUGAGGGAUCCUGUUUCUCGCUACCUGAGUGAAUGGAAACAUGUCCAGAGAGGAGCAACUUGGAAGGCCUCACUCCAUGUCUGUGAUGGACGAAGUCCAACACCAGAUGAAUUGCCAACGUGCUAUCUUGGGGAUGACUGGUCUGGCGUUACAUUGCAGGAGUUCAUGGACUGCAGCUACAACCUGGCUAACAACCGCCAAGUUCGGAUGCUUGCUGAUCUUAGUUUAGUUGGGUGUUACAACUUAACUCUCAUGAAUGAAAGUGAAAGGAAUGAUAUCCUUCUACAGAGUGCUAAGAAUAACCUGAAAAACAUGGCUUUUUAUGGUUUGACUGAGUUUCAAAGAAAAACACAAUAUCUAUUUGAGAGGACAUUCAAUCUAAAGUUUAUUUCUCCAUUCACUCAAUUCAACACUACCAGGGCCUCAAAUGUGGACAUUGAUGAGUGGUCACGUGAACGAAUUAAAGAACUUAACUAUUUGGACAUGCAAUUAUAUGAAUACGCUAAGGACCUUUUUUUACAACGUUUCCAGUAUACCAGACAACAAGAGCACCAGAGAAAAAGAGAGAAGAGGAAGGAAGAAAGGAGGCUUCUUAGGGAACAUAAAGCCCACCCACCUCACAAGGAAGAAAUACCUACAGAUGUUGCUACUACAGAAGACUAUAAUAGUCAGGUGGCAAGAUGGUGA